UGCGAAACCCAACAGCGAGGCGAAGAAGAAGGCGAGGAGGAGGAAGAAAGAAAAAAAAGGGGAAAAAUAAAAAGGAGAAGCGAAAAGGCAAAAAAGCGACUCCUGCCCGCCCGCCACCCGAUCCCCCCACUGCCCGGCCACCGGCGAUCGCCGCCGCCGCGGAUGCGAUGCGCUCCCCCUCCGGCGGCGGCAGCGUGGUGGCCCGCGCACGGUCUUGAGGGAUACGCCUCCGCGCGCUCCCCAUCCUGCGCUCCCGAGCCCGGGUCCGAGCUCGGCGGGCCCCGCGCCCUCGCCGACGACGCGGCGGGGCGGAGCGAAUUCGCCGGCAUGUGGCUCUUCUGGCGCACCAGGAACCGCUUCUCCCUCGAGGAGCUCCGGUAUCUAACAGAUCAGCUACAAAAGAUAUAUGUUGUCAAUGAAACUAAUAAGGAUUUUGUGAUUGAAGCAUUGAGGUCGAUCGCGGAACUUAUGAUAUAUGGUGACCAGCAUGAUCCUUCAUUUUUUGAAUAUUUUAUGGAGAAACAGAUCAUGGGUGAAUUUGCUCGUAUAUUAAGAAUCUCGAAGCUGUCGAGAGUGUCACUCCAGUUGCUACAGACAAUGGGUAUCAUGAUCCAAAAUCUAAGAAAUGAACAUUCAAUUUACUAUAUUUUUAGCAAUGAGCACAUCAACUUCUUGAUUACAUACCCAUUUGAUUUUCGAAUUGAUGAGAUGCUAUCAUACUACAUAUCUUUUCUACGGGCGAUAAGUGGGAAGUUGAACAAGAAUACAAUUUCUUUGCUUGUGAAGACAAAAAAUGAUGAAGUCACUUCCUUUCCUCUUUACGUUGAGGCCUUAAAGUUUGCUUUUCACGAGGAUAGCAUGAUUCGAGUUGCUAUACAGACCUUGACACUCAAUGUCUAUCAUGUUGGAGACGAAUCUGUUAACAGAUUCGUUUCCCGUGUGCCGCUAUCAGAUUAUUUUUCAGACAUAGUUCAGCAUUUCCAGAAGCAGUGCAUUGACCUGGAUAAGUUGGUUGCGCGUUCCUCGCGAAAUGCAAAUUCUUCUCUCCCAUUGUCCUCGAUUGAAGAUGCAAUUGUGCAAAUUGAAGACACACUGUAUUAUUUCAGUGAUGUUAUGUCGUCUGGUAUUCCUGAUCUUGAAAGGUUUAUCACUGAAAACAUCUUGCAAGUUUUGGUAUUUCGGCUCUUACUCCCAUCAUUGCAGAGGCAAAGCACAGAUUUGGACAUAAGUGUUACUACUUCCAUGUAUUUGCUUUGUUGUAUUCUCCACAUUUUUAAGAACAAGGACAUGGCAAGUACUGUCGCUGCUGCUCUUUUUCAUCAACCUAACUGCUCUGAUAGAAAGCAAGGGGCACCUAAUGGCUAUACCUCUGAGCAUGAUCAUUGCAUAUCUGAGGAGCAGUGCAGCAGUGCCUCUGCUGUUGAGCAAGCAAAUGAAGACAAGCCGACUUCUUUGUCUGCUGUUAGUUGGAAACACUUGCCCAAUCAUUCACUGCCAAGUGAUUGUUGCCAAGGCAACACACCAAGGGAACACUUGCUAUCCUAUAUCACAGGAGGAGAUGAUUCAGAGGCUUUGGGUUCAUUGUGCUUGUUUGCUACAUUAUUGCAGACAAAAGAGCUUGAUGAAUCAAUGCUGGAUGCACUUGGAAUCCUCCCUCAAAGAAAGCAGCAUAAGAAGCUUCUAUUGCAAGCUUUAGUAGGUGAAGACCUUGCUGAAAGACAGUUAUUUUCAUCAAGUAGCGGUCUAACUGAUGACAGUAUUUGUAGCGAUUUUGAUAUUUAUGUAAGGAAGCUUCAGGAUAAGUAUGGGCUACAGUGUCAUCAUCCACGACAAAUGACUUCCAAAGUUCACAGAUAUCAGGUGCUCGAUGCAUUAGUUGACCUUUUCUGCAGAUCGAAGGUAUCUGCAGAUGUUCGCUUGGUUGGUGGCUGGCUUUUCCGGCAACUGCUGCCUCAUGGGGAGGAAGAAUUCACAGCUUUUCAUCUAAGAAGAUUAAAGGAUUCACACAAGGAUUGUAGUGCAAAGCUUUCAGCAGAAUCUGAAGGAUGCUGGUGCGACAUGCUUCUUCCUAUUAUUAAAGAGGCUUGGAGAAAUUGCAAGAAAGCCAUUGAGGCAUCUUCACCACCAAAAGGAUCCAAGUCUAUCAUUGUACCCAUGGAUUUGUAUUCAUUUGGAGGUGAUUCUUCUAUUGCUAUCGCUGAGAGAGUCUAUGAGAUGGUUAAGGGUUUCGUGCUACAGCAUCAAGUUAUACUCUUCUGCAUUGGAGAAACUUUCACAGAUCAGCCUCCUAUUUACCCUUCAAUCGAUUUACCUGUAUAUAAUAGAGCAAAUGCUGCGGAUUUCUGUGGUCCGCCUAAACCUGGGGUUGAAGUCAAUUUAGUUGAUGCAGUUCCUUGUCGAAUAGCAUUUGAGAGGGGCAAAGAACGCCACUUCUGCUUUUUAGCCAUAUGUAAUGGAACUUCUGGGUGGAUUCUUCUUCUAGAAGAAUUAUCUCUCAAGCAAGAACGUGGAAUUGUCCGUGUCAUGGCUCCUUUGGCGGGAUCUGAUCCAAGAAUAGAUGAUAAGCAUGAGAAGUGGUUACAUCUACGCAUUCGUCCUUCUACACUUCCUUUUCUGGAUUCUGAAAAACAUAAAGGGAAGGCAAAGAAGUAUCUCGUUGAUGGGAGAUGGACCCUUGCUUUUAGUGAGGAGCGGUCCUGUAAGGCUGCAGAGACUAUGGUUAUCGAGGAGAUGCAGCUCCAGCAGGAUGCUGUUGGGAAACAAUUGCAGCCAUUGGUUGAACUCAACAUGCCUGAGGAUGGAUUGCAGCAUCCUCAGCCUUCAUCAGAUGAAACCCCUUCUGAUGACGGGUCAUGACUUGCUUAGAAAUUUCAUAAAGUGCAGUUGGUGAACUUCUCAAUCAUGAUGACAGGGCAACAAGUUGUCGCAAAGUGCAGUGCUGGAUAUCUAAACCAUUGCAACAGGAAAUCAAGUCAGGGGCAGGGCCACCUUUGUGAGUGAGUCAUCGAAUUUUGUACAUUACAACGGAAGAUUAGAGAUAUCUCCUUUUUAACACAUAGCUGUAGAUGUGAGCCAUCUUAAGUUGAACUAGCUGGAUAGGAUUCUUUGUACAAUAGUUUGUAUCUGUCGUUUGUCCCUUGUAACCUUAUAUAUACACAUCGACAAUCCAUUCUUUGAUAAGUUUCAGGGCAGAGUUGCGCUGUAUACACCAAAUGUUGAAAGAAGUUUGCAGAUAGUCAUACCUGAUGUCAAAACAAACCCUGCCUAUAGUAAUAAAAUUUGUGCUCCAUGAUGUUUCUUUGACAA